AACCAUCAAAGCGAAGAUAAUUCUCAAUCUGAUGAUGCACCGGUUCUUGCUUCAGGUCCAGGCGGCGCCGUUGACUCGGCAGUUCGCGUCCAAGGCCCGCAAAGCCACCAAGACGCUGAUCAAGCCCAAGGAUGCCAAAGCCCCACAUCGAUCCCGCGGGCCAUCGCAUGCGGUGAACAAAUUGUUGCCGUACGUCGACGACGGCAAAACGUACCGAGUCGUGUUUGCGAGCAUCUUGGAACGUCUGCCGUUGAUUCUGCCCGACAUGGAACCAUGGGAGGAAGACUACUACCGCAUGAAACACAAGAUCGAACUCAAGGAAGCUCUGCGUCUGCCCAAGGACUUUUGGUUCCAAGAACCUGGGACCGUCGACGUCGAACCGGAAGACGCGCCUUUCCUGUCGGAAUGGAACGAAGAUGAAUUGGUCGGCGAUGGAUUCCAAAUCGCCAAGCGCGAAACAGAAGACGACGCGACAAACAACCGCCACUCGUUGAACCGAGCGUUGAAGCAGCGCGUGUUCCUCAUUGUCCAAGACCCUACGUCCCUUAAAUGGACGUUCCCUACGACCGAGAAGGCGUCCGCCGACGAAACCAUGCGCGCCGCGGCGUUCCGCGAACUGGCAGACACGAUCGGCACCGAGGUGGAAGCGUACCCGGUGGGCAACGCUCCCAUGGGUCACUUGACCAUCAGCCACGAAGACGAGCCGACCUUCGACGGCAAAGUCCACGGCACGAAGGUGUUCUUCUUGAAGGCCCAGACAUUCGGCAACGAAGGCGUGGUGAACCUGAACAAGGACAAGGCUGCCGACUACCUCUGGGUCACGCAGAGCGAACUGGCCGAGUAUUUGGAACCCCACGUCGCAGAUGUGGUCGUGAAGGUCGUGCCUCCUUAGAUAUAUAGCCCCGCACCGCCUUCUUGUAGCUUUUAGAGGUGUUACGUAACCAACCACACAUGCAACCACACCCACGACUUGCUCGAGUGUCCCAUGCUCUCCAGCUAUAACGUUAUGUACUAUACUUUAGCCGUAGCUUCUAGCUUUAUGUACUAGUACAAUGGAG